AUGUCGGACAUUAAUGAGUCCCAGCGAAGACGUCAGCCCUUGGGAGAUGUGUCGAGCCGGAUGAACCACUCCAAGUCGCCAAAUGUCGAGACACCGCGCCUGAGAAUCGAGGAAUCUGAGCAACUGAAGAGUCCUGACCGGAUGUCGCUUUGUAUGACUCCAACCCCGCAACGAAACAAGGAAAACGAGCGCCUCUCCGUGGCCACCGAUGUCCAGUCCAACUCGGCCCGAAACUCCAUCAUGUCUGCAGCAUCCAUCCUGUCAACCAAAGGGAAGAGAAAAACACAUGUGGGACCCUGGCAGCUGGGACGAACACUGGGGAAAGGGGCCACUGGACGGGUUCGACUGGCUAAGCAUGCUGUCACCGGACACACGGCGGCGAUCAAGAUUGUGUCAAAAAAAUCAGCUGCGAUGGUUCAGAGUGAGAGUAUCGCGGCAAUGGACCGAAACAUGGGGAACUUCCCUACCAACCCAGCCACCCGACAAAUGCCUUGUGGUAUUGAACGUGAAGUGGUCAUCAUGAAGUUGAUUGAGCAUCCGAAUGUAAUCAGUCUCUAUGAUGUUUGGGAAAACCGUGGAGAAUUGUAUCUUGUUCUUGAACACGUUGAGGGUGGAGAGUUGUUCGAUUAUGUAUCUAAGAAUGGACCACUACCGGAAGAAGAGGCCGUGCGACUGUUCCGACAGAUCAUUGCGGCCCUUGGGUAUUGUCAUCGUUUCAAUAUCUGCCACCGCGAUUUGAAGCCCGAAAACAUCUUGCUUGAUUCAAACCAUAAUAUCAAGCUUGCUGAUUUUGGUAUGGCCGCGCUGCAACCUGCAGGCCACUGGUUGAACACUUCCUGCGGUAGCCCUCACUACGCAGCACCGGAGAUCAUAUAUGGUCGAAAAUAUCGUGGUGACAGAGCUGAUAUGUGGAGCUGUGGUAUUAUUCUCUAUGCCCUUUUGACUGGUUACUUGCCUUUUGAUGGAGGAGAUUUGGGAAAUACCCUGCGGCUUGUGAAGAAAGGAGACUACAGCAUACCUUCCGAGUUGAGCGAUGAAGCAGCCGAUCUCAUCCAGCGUAUCCUCCAAAAGCGCCCAGAGGAUCGGAUAUCCAUGAAAAACAUUUGGUUGCAUCCAUUGUUAACCAAAUAUGAAAAGCUUCACAAUGCCAUGGUCGACCACUACGUCGGUCCUCCUCCCGCCCUGUCGACGAAGGACUGCGGCCAAACCUUGUCCUGUCAACAGGACAUCGACCUGGAUAUCCUCCGCAAUUUGCAGACCUUGUGGCAUGAUGUUAAGGCCGAGGACUUGAUUCAACGGCUUCUAUGCAUCGAACCGACUCACGAGCGAAUGUUCUACAACGCUUUGGCAAAAUUUCGCGAUGAGCAGCUAGAGAACUACCAAGGACAGCCUCUAGAGUACUCGGCUAGUGACUAUCACCACAUCUCCCGCACCAGUGGUAAAGUCCGUCGAGGCCGCAGCCAGACAGGCCAGGGUAGUUCCAAGCGCCGCGCUCAAUGCCCAUCUAUUAAAGAGUUCCCUCGUCGUCUCAGCUCCUUCAAGGAGCCGAGGUCCUUCAGUACUAUGGAGACCUAUGACCCAUACCGGUCACCCAAGCACGGCAGCACAGCAUCGGAAGCCCAGUCCCAUAUUACUGUCCACCAAGAGUCAUCAGAGCAAUCGGAAGCUAUGCUAUCGUCGCCAAGGGUGAAGCCUCCCCCUUCAAUUAUGGAAGAGGAAGAGCCAGAGGAAUUGGAUGGACCGGAUGGCUCACCAUUCACUGUUGUCCAGAAGCGGAAGCACGGGCCCAGCUCUCUGAAGUCUUUCGUCUCUUCCAAGGUCCCUCAUUCCAGCUCCCGCACUCCAGGAGUGCCGGCACAUUCCAUGAGCUAUCGUCGCAACGUUUCCUUCCAUCACGCUCGCAACCGCUCUCAUGGAUCUACAAUUGGAAAAUCCAAGAAGAGAAAGAUGAAUCAGAAAAAUGAGAUCAAGCGGUCCCCGAGCACCUGCAGCUUGCAGCUUAUGGCAGAUGGCCUCGACCUCCCGGGCAUGCCAAGUAGCCCACCCCUACCAGCACAGCCAACCGUGGUCCGAGCGAAUGCUCCAAAGGUGAAGAGCAUGGGCCAAGCCAGAAAAGUCCGCGAUUCAGACUACACUUGGAAGGAGGACACUCGAAAAGUCUCCCAUGAGCUCAGCCAGAUCUGUGAGGAGGCAUUCAAUGGAAGCUCUGUUACAACCAUUCGCACUACGAGCGGUGGCUCUGGAUACGAAACACCGGCAACUCCAGUGUCAAUGGCAAGCCCUGAGCAAGUUCCAGCCGCCUCAGGAAUUCCAGUGUUUAACACUUCCCAGGAGUCAUCCCGGUCUUCCAAUAUCAAGGUGCUUACCGAGACACGUCAGAAGUUCGUUGAGCGCAGCCGGGGCCAAAAUGAUAAUGUUCGUGCCUACCUUUCUGGUGUCAUCUCUCAUCUCGAUCGCUUGAUUGAAUACGACCAGGCCCAGGAUGGUACACGGAGAGAGUCGGAUGUAGCAUCUUCCCAAGAUCCUUUCGUCACUUCGUUGAACGAGGCCUUGCUCCCUGUUAUCAAGGAGGAUCGGGCAAGUCCUGUUCGCGCGCCCAGUGAGAAAAGCCCUCGACGCAAGCCAAAGCAACGGAACCCGCUCGCUCCAUCUCAGGGGGGCGAUGCUAUGGCAACCAUUCGAAUGGUCCCCCACAGCUCACUCUCCUGCAUGGACGAAGUUAAACCUCUAACCAUUAGGAAGAAGAACUCCAGUAAAUUUGCUUCGUUGGAUGUUCAUGAAUUCGCUAUGAGUGACUCCCCGGGCCGCGAUCAGGGCUUUUCCAUUCGGCCUCGACAUGCUGGUCAAUCUACUGGGCUGGAUCCCAUCGAAGAAGUUCCUCUGUCCCCCAAGAAGACAACAGCCCGGGGUCCCGAUGCGAAGAAAUGGUCAUGGUUCAAAUAUCGCCCUCAGGGCCCAGAUAAUCCUCCUGCUCUCCCCCCCAAGGACAGCCACCUCAUUAUUCCCAGUGGAGCCACCACUGUGCACACCCCAAUUACCAUCCAGCCCGCUUUGCCUCCAAAAGCCGAGAAUACCGAGCGAGUCGCAAGGCGAAAAGCAUCUGUAGAUCGCUUUGGGGGUGGCUUUUUCAAGAAACUUCUAACAAAAAAGUCCAACCAGAAUAUGCAAGAACUUCCUGUUGACAAGGAGAAAGGCAUGGAAACCAUGCCAACCAAGGAUAACCGUCACUCUUCUCUGAUGUGCAAGGGACUUGCCGACACCGACAGUUCCAUUGAAGCCGAUGAUUCGCCAAACCCACCCCGCAACAAGCGCCGCUCGAUUGCGAAUCACAACUGGUUUGCGCGGGUUUUCCAAAUUAAGCCCGCUACACAUGUCAUUGCGUUGAGCACAUCAAAGUCCAAGGCACGCAAGGAACUUUACAAGCUCCUUCGCGAGUGGCGGGACUUCGGCAUGGAGGAUGUGUACCUCGAUAGGGCCAACAGCAUCGUUCACGGUCGUAUCAGCGAAGCAAAUGUCCUCCAUCUCCGAGAGGUUGAGUUCACUGCUGAAUUCUACACUGUCCUUGAGCACGGCGACCCAGCCAACCUCAGCUUGGUCCGCUUCAAACAGGAGCGUGGUGCCGCCUCGUCUUUCAACAAGGUCGUUGAGACUGUGCAGAGCACCCUCAUGCGCCGUGGCAUGGUUGUUGAGGACCCAUAUCGUGCAAAGGAGAUGUCGCGCAUUCUCGACUCUGUUCCCAACCGCAAACGGGUUAUUUCAUGA